GGAAAUCAUGGAAAGGUUAUUAGCCAUGCAGAGAAUACAGCGCCAAAAUGACAUUCUUCAACAGUUUCAUAUGAAACUGCGGGCAGAUACAGACCCAGAACCUGUGACAAAUUAUUUGUAUCAAGCGAAAAUUAUUGAUGAAUACGCCUUGGAGGAGAUACUUUCAAUGCAAACACGUCGGAAUAAGAAUAAGGCUUUGCUCAUUAAGCUCAGAAAAGUAGAAGACCCGAAUGCUUUCUCAGAGUUUGUGAAUGGAUUGGAAAAGGAACAACCUUAUCUGGCUUGCAUUCUUUUGAAAGAAGGUUAAUGACGACAACUUUUUUUUCAGCCGGGGGUGAUCAGAGUAUAAAACUUGACCAUAGAGGAAAACUAAUGCUAUAUAUUUGCGUUUUUUUUUUUGCAGAGAAUAGUAGAAUCUACAAAUUAGAAAAAGAGCUUGUAACAGUCAAAACUGAACGGUUGCUGGUAUUGGAAACGGUGAAGGAGGAGCUUAAGACCAAGUGCAAGAGUUUAGAAGAACAGUUGCAGUUCUGGCCGAGAACUUUACAGGACAGCAAUUUGGAAAGAUCAGGCUAUGAUGAAAGGAGCGGCGCUGCUGCAUUAAGUGUCAACGAAGGCGACAACAUAAGAGGUAAAAAAUCACCAUGACUUUGUAUUAAGUUAUCUUUGUAAAACUUCCGGCGGAAAUCUUACAUUGUUUGAUCACAAGUGCACAAACUACGCGGUCAAACGAAGUGUUCGGAUUUUUUUAUUUUACUCAAUCAUUGUUUCACAGUGUGAAGCUAGAGGGAUGCGUAAUUAGACUAAGGGCCAGGGGUCUCAUUAUAGUUUUUAUUCUUUGAUACACUUUGUUUAAGAUGGAAUACGAAAACAGGCUCUCUAUUUGGGGAAAGGGUGAAAAAAUCGUGGGCUACUGAAGACAGAAUAGAAAGUCAAGAAUAACGUUAACAUUGUAUAUUUGUUACACGUAGAGCCACUAACCAGUUUGGAGAACGGCGCUUUAGAAACGCCGUUUUUUGAUAAUUCAACGAGAGGGCAGUCGUAAAGAAUGGGACAGGACCAAAGAAGUAGACCUUCGACACGUCUAAGAAACGAAUUCACAAAAACUAAAGAAUGUAAGUACAAAUAAGCGGCUGUUCUUUUAGAGGGUGUCCCAAAACUUCGUUCCUCUACUCUCUAAAUCUGUAAUGCAGUACGAUUGGACUUGGUAAGCAAAUCGUGUAAACAAAAGUUGUGUCUUUCAAAUGUAUUUCAAUAUUUUAUACUUGUUGUACCAUCUUUUGACUCUAAUAUUCGAUUUGUGUACAUCCGCGCCACAGGUGCGCGCGCGCGAGUUUAUUUCCCACCAAAGAUUUUUUGUCUUUGUAGCCCGUAUUGCGCGAACUCCUUCCUUGUUUUUUUUUUGUGAAUAUUAUUACGAAAGAUAAACCCUUUUAACGCAAAAACGUUCAGCCACGUGAGAGCAUAAGCAUGCAUACUGGGAUUUACUGGCUUUUCAGUUGAAGAAACUGCUGAAAAACUGGAAAAAUCCAAAUGUUGGGCGAGAAAAUGGUCAUCGAGAAAAGAAGGUUUUGAAGACAGGAAACGAAGGGGAAGACCGAAAGUCCUGAAUAAAGCAGCUAAAAUAGUUUUAAAGAAAACUAGGUACAAAAGACGAAACUUGACAUGGUACUCCUCUCACAACAGUUAGCAAGCUAAGUCUGGAGCAGGUUCCGUGAAAAGCGAAGGUUAGAUGCCCCCCUGAGAUGGCAAAAAAAGCGUUUCUUAGUCCGCCAAGCAACGAUCAGCUCGUCUCGAAUCCGUAAAGAGGUACAAAAGUCUUACUGUGGAAAGGGGCUGGGAUGAUUAUCUUUUUUUGGAUGAAUGCCCAAAGUCUAUUUAGCGCAUAUAAUUAGGGAACGAACUUUUGGGACAGCCUGUAAAGUUGCCGCCCAUAAAAACCGGGAACAGUUUUAAUCUCCAUCUAGUUACUUUGUGUGGGUAAAUUUCGCAAAAAAUAUAUGUGACAGCUUUCGCAAGACCGGGCAAAAAAAUCAAAUGCCUCGAAAAGAUGUCCUUUCAAUUUUAUUCAAGCAGUGUUUGGCCACUUGGUUACCAAACAGAUCAUAACACAGUUGUUCAAGAAGUGUGCUCUGCCUUAUACGAUCGCGACCACGAUAUGUAGGCAGAGUCUACACUAAUCAAUAACGUCAAGGAGUUUUGAAGAACAAUAAAGUAUUCGUUCAAAAGAAAUGGUGUUGCAGAAAGUGUACAGCCAGGUGAGAAUUUCAGUAACUCUGCUUUUCCAUUUCAGACCAUUUCAUGCACGUGAGAGACUUUGAUACUAAGGGUGUCAUUCACUACCUUGGUUUAAAUGCCGGCGUCAGCAUGUGGAGGAAUCCUGCUCGAGUACUAUCAUCCGGAGUGAAAGUAACCUACUGCGACGGGGAAGGUCGUGAAGACCCUGAAAAUAUCCUGGAAUAUUUCAACCCAGUCAACAGUUACACACGAUCGGGUUGGUGUCUGGAUUUGGGAAACUACUACUCGCUUCGGCUUACUGACUAUACUUUGAGGCAACGUGGAAGUAAUUCAAAGAAUUUCUUACAAAACUUUAAGAUCCAAGGAAGGCUUAAUGAUGGCGAUGAGUGGAGUUUACUAAACAGACAUUAUAAAGUCAACUGCAAGUUACGGGAAUGGUCAUACUAUGGGAAAUCAGGCGAUAAAAUUAAACCGGUGCCAUGCAAAACAAAGACAUGGUCUGUGGAAGGAGAACUAAAAGCCCGUCGUCAGUUCCAAAUUGUUCAAAUAAGAGAUUCAAUGCCCGCAGGUGCACCUCAAAUGUCCCUCGCUGGUAUCGAGCUAUAUGGAGUGCUGAGUGUACCAGAUUUUGAUUAAAAAACGUUUGCAUAUGACUGAGUAUUCAUUUUUCUGCUUGUGUACAACUUACUGUAAUCACAGUAGCUUGAAAUUCAGACGCUUUAUUAUAUACCUAGAACUAGUAUACCUAAAGGGUAGAAAGGCUGCCGUAGGGAAGGAAUCGUGAAGAAAUGGAAUUAAAUUAAGUGUGAAGUUUUAAGUAGAAGGGGAUAUGAGGCUAAGAAUCUUUGUCAGUGAUGACCUAAAUUUAGAAAUUAUCUUCCUUUUUAGAAUCGCGUUUAAGUUGACUAACUUAAUUAUGAGCUAGUUUUAGUAUUUUUCUAAUGACGUGCUCGCGCCGCGUCAGAUCGAAGUGGCCAGAUAAUUCUCGAUUUUUGAUAUGUAUAUUAAGUUCAAUCAUUCUCGCUUUCAACUGAAUGACUGAAAUUUAUUUUGAAACUUUGAUUUGGCGAUAAGAG